AUGGCGGAUGAGGAGUUGGGGGACAGAAUCCCGUCGCAGUUUUUGCGCAGAUUACGUGAGUUGAGCGGUGACUCAACUGAUGCGCCACUGUUACGCACAAUUUUCUUUUCCAGAUUGCCCUCCAAUAUACGGACGAUUUUGGCCACGGCUCUUGAACACAACACCAUGGACCAGAUUUCCACGAUGGCAGAUCAAAUUUUAGAACUUUCCGGCCAGCCAUCGUCGUGUGGCGCGUGCGUUUGUACAGAGGCCCCUUCGACAGCCUCAGUUAAAUCCUAUCCUGUGUCACAUGACGCCAUUUUCGACAAACUUGACGCGUUCACGCGACGUAUGGAUAAGCUAUGCCGGGAAAAUAGGCGUUUUUCGCGAAGUCGGAGUCGUUCUGCUUCUCGUGCCUCUAGGCCACGUUCCGGGCUGUGCUGGUACCAUUCCAUAUUUGCUGAUAAAGCACGCAAGUGCAUCCAGCCGUGCAGUUUUAAGCUUUUGGGAAAUUAG